AUGGCACCUUCUAUCCACCCUCUUAUCGACAACGGCCUUACCAAGGGAGACCCCAGCUUUGCUGGAGGCUCUCUGCACUGCCGCUGCGCAUCCAACCAAGUCGUUGUUUCUUUGAAGGGCAACAUUGCACACAACCACGCCUGCGGCUGCUCCAAGUGCUGGAAGCCUGCCGGUGCCCUUUUCUCAGUUGUCGGUGUUAUACCUCGUGACCAGGUCAAGGUUGAGGCCAACGAGUCUAAGCUUCACGUCGUCGAUUCCUCUGCUGUGAUCCAACGCCACGCAUGCAAGGAAUGCGGAGCCCACCUGUACGGUAGAAUUGAGCGCGAACACCCUUUCCACGGCCUAGACUUUGUGCACGCUGAGUUGUCUGAUCAGAAGGGCUGGCAAGAGCCCCAGUUCGCUGGCUUUGUUUCAUCAAUCAUUGAACAAGGCUACAACCCCGAGGGAAUGGAUGCUGUUCGUGCUAAGUUCAAGUCUGCUGGACUGGAGACCUACGACGCUCUUUCACCCCCUCUUAUGGACCUGAUUGCCACAUUCACUGCCAAGAAGGCUGGUGUGACCUUUGCCAACCUGUAA